GAGCGGCCUGAGCCACAAGUGUGUAGAAAGAGACAUAAAGGAGGCACAGGUGUUUGCAAAGGAUGUGACAUGAGGCGCAAAUACUUAGGAGGAAAAAUGCACAAGUGGGUGGAAGAGAUUCGGGAGGCCUUCAAGGUGUUUGACCGAGAUGGAAAUGGAUUCAUUUCCAAACAAGAGCUGGGCACAGCAAUGAGAUCUCUGGGGUAUAUGCCAAAUGAAGUGGAACUAGAAGUCAUUAUACAGCGACUGGACAUGGAUGGAGAUGGCCAGGUUGAUUUUGAAGAGUUUGUGACAUUACUGGGACCAAAGAUCACAACAUCUGGAAUCCCAGACAAGUUUCAUGGUGCUGACUUUGACUCUGUAUUUUGGAAGUGCGACAUGCAGUCACUGUCAGUGGAGGAAUUGAAGAGGUUGUUGUACGACACUUUCUGUGACCAUCUGUCAAUGCGUGACAUUGAGAAUAUCAUAUUGACAGAAGAGGCCGGAAACCUGGGAACAAGAGGGGAUUGUUCUGUCGAUAUGGAGAGUUCUUCAAACCAGCAAAUUCGACAGACCUGCGUAAGGAAGAGUCUGAUCUGCGCCUUUGCCAUUGCUUUUAUUAUUAGUGUGAUGCUUAUAGCAGCCAAUCAGGUCCUACGCAGUGGCAUGAAGUGAUAAAAUAGAGUUUUCUCUUAAUGAUCAACAUAGGGACUUUCCUGUGUCAGAGCUGACUCUUCUCACUCCUCUCACUGAUCUACAAAUGGACUUCAGGACCUCAAAAGAAGAACCCACCAUACAAACAACAUAAAAUCCAGGGGGCGACCCCUCA